UAUCACAACCUUUGAUAGAAGAUAUCUCAAAAUUUCCAACCUUUGAAAUAAAGUCCAAAAUUAAAAUACAAAAGGGAAAACUCAUUUUUGUUCACGCUCCACACUCAGAAACCGCUCACACAAUCAGAAAAUUCUCUCAAAAUCGAUCUGAGCUCAUCUCAGAAAACUCAAAGUUCGGAGCUCAUCUCAUCUCAUCUCCGACGGGCUGAUUUGCGGUGGUCAGCUGUCUCAUCUCCGACGACAAGCGAGCCGUUGAUAGACUUAGCACUCUUAGCCACCCCAUUUCCGAUUACAGAUUAUUUAUGACAGAUAAUGAAGAUCAAUCUCAAAUAGAAAAUCCCAUCAGGAAGGUCAAGGAUUUAGCUGAGGAACAAAAUGAGCAUAACCUCUACGUAUUCACUCCCAAAGGAAAGUGAGGAAGAUAAUGCCUCUCAGAAUAUCAUAUAUGCUCGUGAUGGUUUUCAUAGCCGAUCCAAAUGAUAUCUUCUUGACAGAUGGAGCAAGCCCAGCUGUGCAUAUGAUGGUGCAAUUACUGAUAAAAUCAGAAAAUGAUGGAUUUCUUUGUCCCAUUCCUCAGUACCCUUUAUACCCUGCUUCAAUUGAUCUCCAUGGUGGUACACUGGUUCUUGGUGAGGAGAACCAGCGUGACAUUGUGGAAUUCUGCAGGAAAGAAGGUCUUGUGCUACUGGCAGAUGAGCAUGCAUAUCGAGAUGGCUGUCUAGAGGAGGUAGUUCUACGUCAUCUUGGGUCUGAAGAUGGAGAAGCUGUGAUAGCUAAAAAUAUUAGGCUGUCAGAGUUCCUUGGUAACAUGCGUAUAAGGUGAACAGAUGCUGUAUUAUAGUCUAGAGAUAUCUAAUGAUAUGGAGAAAUCAUGCGCCACUUCAAUUGCUGAGUUCUUUUCAAAUGCCAGUGUGGCACUCCAGUUGUUUUUGAGAUUUUCUUGCUGGAGGGGACCAGAACAUGGAGUGUUGGGCAUGAUAUACUAUUUAUCAAGGCGCAUCUUCUAUCAAAGUAAUAAAAAUCGUCAUGCAUUUGAUGGGUAUGUUUGAGAGAGUUCUCAUCAGCUGUCUAUUUAUGGGAUAAUGAUUUUUUGUAAUGGACGUGCAAAUAGCCGUGCUGUUACCUAGCUGUAUGGUUCCCUCACCAACAGUGAUAUAUUUGGAACUGUUUAUAUAAUUGUUUUUUCUGGCUUCCAUUCUUGUCAAUAUGGAGCUGUGAUGACAUGUUCUGGGCAACAUUGUCUGAGUUCUUUUGUAUUCUAAUCUGAAUUUUCCUGCUGUUUGAGGACAUUGCAUCUUGCGGGAUGUAAAUGGGGUUAAGAGCUCCCUAAAAUCAAU